AGGUUCAGAAAUGUCUUCACCUUUCCUUUCUUCAAUGUUCUUCAGUCCAUGGUGAUGGAUCAGGUGUUGUACUCUGAUAAAUCCGUCGUUGUGUCUGCCCCCACGGGAUCAGGGAAAACUGUGGCUUUUGAGCUGGCGAUCGUUCGACUAUUGCUGAAGACUGACGGGGCUGGGCAACAGGACAAGAUUGUGUAUAUGUCUCCAAUGAAGUCCUUGUGUGGAGAGAGAUUUCAAGACUGGUCCACCAAGUUUACCUGUCAUGGGCUCAAUUGCCUGGAACUGACCGGUGAUACAGAGCUAGAUGACUUGUCGGAACUGUUUGCCUCAAAUCUCAUUUGUACCACUCCUGAGAAAUGGGACAGCAUGUCGAGAAGAUGGAAAGACAAUAAGAUGUUGUUUCAACAAAUCAAGCUAUUCCUCAUUGAUGAGGUUCACAUCCUGAAUGACCCCAACAGAGGGGCCACAGUGGAGGCUGUGGUCAGCCGCAUGAAGACUCUGCAAACUUCCUGUCACUCGGCCACCAGCAACCACAUACGCUUCGUCGCUGUCUCUGCCACCAUGCCAAACUACAACGAUAUCACCGACUGGCUGAGUACACCAAGCAGACCAGCUGUGUCUUUCAACCUGGAAGAAAAGUACCGGCCCGUCAAACUGGAGAGAGUUGUGAUGGGGUAUCCCUUCAAAGAGGGGACCUCUGAGUUCCGCUUUGACAUGAACCUUUCGUAUCGGCUCAGGGCCAUCAUUGACAACUACUGCCAUGGGAAACCCACUCUAGUGGAUGAGCGAUUUGAAGAUUUAGAUAUCCCCGAGCUUAAUGUGCUGUCUUCUGGGAUUGGGAUGCACCACGCGGGCCUGGACACGCAGGAUAGACAUACAGUAGAGGAGCUCUUCAAGUCUUCUCGACUGCCUGUCUUAAUUUCCACAAGCACACUGGCGAUGGGCGUGAACCUGCCGGCUCAUCUGGUCAUCAUCAAGUCCACGUUCUUCUACAACAUGGGUGUGGUACAUGAGUACUCGGAUAUGCAACUGCUGCAGAUGAUUGGCAGGGCUGGACGGCCCCAGUUUGACACCUCGGCUACUGCAGUCAUCAUGACAAAAAUGUCUCUCAAGGUACUGGUCAAGGCAUAUAGAUGGUACUGGGAUUUUCUUUCCUUCCUUGUCAGUUUACACAAGAACUUGAUCGAGCAUCUGAACGCUGAGGUUGUCCUACAGACCAUCACGAACAUAUCGCUGGCUGUCGAGUGGAUGCGUCACACCUUCCUCUAUGUCAGGGUCAUGAAAAAUGCCAAGCACUAUGGUCUUCCCGCUGCGCUGGAUAAGGCUGACAUAGAGACAAGGCUGCAAGAACUGUGUCUGAGGAAUCUCAACCUGCUCACAGAGCUCAGCCUGGUGCAUGUGCAGGCUGACACCUCAGAAAUCAUGUCAUUAGAGACUGGAAAACUCAUGGCCAGAUACUGUAUAGCUUUCGAGACCAUGAGGCAUUUCCACGGCGUUCAAGAGAACCAAGAAGGCGUUGCUGAUCUGCUUGAAGUAAUCUCAGGCUGUGCAGAGUUCUGUGAGAUUCAGCUGAGGACGAACGAGAAAAAGAUCUUGAACUCUCUAAACCAUGACAAGAACAAAGAGACCAUAAGGUUCCCCCUCACUGGCAAAAUUAAGACAAAGCAGAUGAAGGUCAACUGCCUGAUCCAGGCACAACUAAGCUGUCUCACAGUUCAAGAUUUUUCACUGUCUCAGGAUAUGACCAAGAUUUUCAGAGUAGGACAGAGAGUGACUAAAUGCUUCAUGGAGCUGAUGUACCAGGGCAAGAACUACUCCCUGCUGCUGCACUCUCUCCUCAUCUACAAGGCCUUUAAGACAAAGCUGUGGUUCGACUCCAGAUACGUCUCACGACAACUGGACGGCAUUGGACAAACGAUGUCUCUGGCCUUGGCCAACUCUGGGCUGUCGUCCUUCCAGAAACUGGAGCAAGCGAGUCCCAGAGAUAUCGAAGUGAUUGUAAACAGACACCCGCCGUUUGGUAACCAUGUGAAGGCUGCUGUCGAGAUGCUACCAAAGUAUGAACUAGCUGUGGAACAGGUACAACCAUACAAAGAGAAGAAAGCGGUGCUCAAGGUGUGUGUGGAGUUGGUCAACGCAGAAGUCUUGCAGGAGAAGCCGAGUGGACAGACCAGUCACCAGGCUAUCCUGCUGGUGGGGGAUGAAGCCAAUAACAUUGUCUACAAGUGCAGGAUUCUGUAAGAUACUGGCGGCCUGCCGUGAAGUUUGAAAUCAAUCCUUAAUCUCUCCCCGCACUUUUAUGCAAAAAGAUAUUCUGAAAUUAUGCAAACUGAGCCCA